CAUAUGGAUUUACUUCAGUUAUUUUGUAUUAUUCUCUGUUUUGAUAUCUAAAUUACCGUAAGCAAGAAAAAUUGUUGAGAAUGUCGAAUGUUCAUAAACCGAGCUUUAAUAAAAUCUGGGAUCUUGGCGAAUGGGACUCUCAGGCCAUUCAGCAUUAUAAAUCCAUAUCAAGUAUUCAAAAGGAACUGCGUCGCGGCAAUUGGGAAUAUCUUUGUCGGCAUCCCGAGAUUCGAGCCAUAAUCCGGGUUAUAUUGCAUCAAGCUCUGAAUGCUAAGCCCCAGCCCACCGAUAUCCGGAAAUUUGUGGCCGACUUUUUUAAUUGUUGCCGAACCCCAAUGCUAGUGCCAAUGAUAAAUAAUCAAGUUAAGUAUGUUAAGGAGCAACUACGGAUGGGCCGUUGGAGUAAGUUUGAUGCCGAGAUGCUGUUCAUGGAGAGUCCUUCCACACACUCGCUCCUUUCGACGGCAUCGGAGGGAGGUAAUGUGCAUCCGGUUCUCACGUAUGCACUGGUUUUCAAAAAGCCUGACGAAUGCGGCAUUGAGAAGCCUCCUUUCUAGAAUCACUCACGAAAUUCUGUUAAUCAAAUUUCUGGUCUUCAAUAAAAAGAAAAGUGCUUAAAGCAACAUAAA